AAGAGUCCACUUUGUCGCGGUCACUUGACAGGUCACGAUGUUCUGUCGCGGAAGUGUCGGACAUCCCCAUAAACGGACAAGUUUCUAUCACCAAGACCAGUGAUGACUGUCUCGCCACAGAAAAUGGUGCAUACGAAACUAGUGGCAGAGCCGGGGCCGCACCGUUUACGGAUCAGCGGGACUGCAGCUGUCAGUAUUGCCAAUGGAACCGCAGAGUGGCUUGGGGGUCAAUUCAGAGGGCAACUAACGGCCAGGCGACCACUGAAGCAUGCAGGGUGCUGUGAUGUGAUGUGAUGGAUCGAAAGGAUUAUCACACGGGCCUGCUGACUCCUAUUUUUAUCGUCGCUUGAUAAGGAAGUACUCGAUGGAUUAUAUGGCUAA